AUGAAUGGCCUCCUCAGCCUAAUCAAGUUGCUCUACAAACGGCCUCAGGGACACUCGGAGGAUGAUCUGACUGACGCAGAAGAUGCUCUGACAUACAUGAAAAGCGUAGGGUUUAAGGUGGAUUGGCUGGAGAAGAAGUUUGAUAAGGUGAAAGAAAUCGAGAAGAAGUGUGCCCGUGUGUGUGAAAUGGAGCAGCAGCUGCAUGACUUGGAGAAGAAGUGUGAAGACCUAAAAACUCAGCUGAUCAAGGAGAAAGCAGAGAUUUUGGAAGCCACAGCCCCUGAUCUCUCUUUCAAUGAUGCUGUUUGA